UAAUUUUUGAAUUGAUUAAGAAUGUCGGAGUUUUUGGACUUUGAGGCCGUGGAAACAGAGGAAGAAGAGGAACUGGAUCUAACUGAAAGGAAGAAGAUAAAAAAGCUGAAAGCCGUUUUAUCUGACAGCAGCGAGGAGGAGGAGGAAGAUGACGAAGAACGGCUGCGAGAGGAGCUUCAAGAUUUAAUCGAUGACAGACCCAUUGAGGAGGACGAAGGCGGUGGCAGUGGCAAGAAGCGAAAGAAACGCCAGGAUGAUGAUCUCGAUGAUCGCCUCGAGGAUGAUGAUUACGAUCUGAUUGAAGAGAAUCUGGGAGUCAAGGUUGAGAGACGUAAGCGCUUCAAGCGUCUGAGACGUAUUUAUGACAACGAAAGCGAUGGCGAGGAGCAGCAUGUGGACGUGGGUUUGGCCCGCGAACAGAUUGCCGAACAAUUGUUUGAUGGAAACGAUGAGAGCGUUGAGCAUCGCAGCGAGCGCAGUCUUCGGCAUGGCGAGGCGGAUGCCUUUGACGAAGAGGAUACCGAGUCAGAUGCCGAUGAUUUUAUUGUGGAUGACAAUGGCCGUCCCAUUGCCGAGAAAAAGAAGAAGAGGCGUCCCAUAUUUACAGAUGCAUCACUGCUAGAGGGUCAGGAGAUUUUUGGUGUGGACUUUGAUUAUGAUGAUUUCUCCAUAUACGAGGAGGAUGAGUACGAGGAUGAAGUGGCCGGCGGCGAUGAUCAUCGUGUGAAAAAGAAGAAGGCCCUCAAAAAGAAGGUCGCCAAGAAGACAAUCUUCGACAUUUACGAACCGAGCGAACUGAAGCGCGGCCACUUCACAGAUCUCGACAAUGAGAUACGCAAAAGAGACAUGCCCGAGCGCAUGCAGCUGCGACAGGUGCCCGUAACGCCCGUACCCGCGGGUUCGAUGGAGCUGGACGAGGAGGCCGAUUGGAUCUAUCAGUAUGCGUUCUGCAAGAACACCGUCUCCGAGCCGGAGAAGGCCGACAAUCGUGAGAAGAUGCGCCAGCCACCCUCGGCCAUAAAGAAGAUCAAGCAGACCCUAGGGUUUGUACGUAACCAGCAGCUGGAGGUGCCAUUCAUUGCCUUCUAUCGAAAGGAGUACGUGAUGCCCGAACUGAAUAUCGAUGAUCUGUGGAAAGUCUACUACUUUGAUGAGCGCUGGUGCCAGCUGAAUGAGCGCAAGCGGAAGCUGAGAGUGCUCUUCGAGAAGAUGCGACAGUUCCAGAUGGAUAAGCCCCUGCGCGACGAUGUACGGCUCGUGCUGGACGGCGAUUUUGAGCGGCUCAACGAUGCCCAGACCAUGGAGGAGCUGAAGGACGUGCACAUGUACUUUCUGCUCAACUAUUCACACGAACUGCCCAAAAUGCAGGCCGAACAGCGGCGUAGGGCAGCCGCAGCUGAGAAUGGCGAUGAUGUGGAACUGAUGCUGCCGGACGAACAGCUAAAGCAGGCGCCCAACAGCAGUCCCUAUGCGGUGUACCGCAAGGCUGGCAUCUGUGGCUUUGCCAAACACUUUGGCCUCACGCCCGAACAGUUUGCGGAGAAUCUGCGCGACAAUUACCAGCGAAACGAGGUCACACAGGAGAGCUUGGGACCUCUGGAGCUGGCCCAGCAGUAUCUUUCGCCGCGCUUCGCGACCACCGAUGAGGUGAUGCAUGCGGCCAAGUAUGUGGUCGCCCGACAGCUGGCCCACGAGCCACUGCUCCGCAAGACCAUGCGCGAGGUGUACUUUGAUCGAGCGCGUAUCAACAUCAGGCCCACAAAGCACGGCAUGGCCCAGAUUGAUGAGAACUCUCCGGUGUAUUCGAUGAAGUAUGUGGCCAAGAAGCCGGUGGGCGAUCUCUUUGGCGAUCAGUUCAUCAAGCUGAUGAUGGCCGAGGAGGAGAAGCUGCUGGAGAUCACCUUCCUGGAGGCGUUUGAGGGCAAUGCCAAGGCCAAUGGCCCACCCGGUGACUAUGUGGAGGAGGCGAAGGCCCUCUACAAUCUCGAUCAGUUCUCCAAGCAUGUCCUUGAAUGGAAUGCUCUGCGAGCGGAGUGCGUGCAGCUGGCCCUACAAAAAUGGGUGAUCCCGGACCUCAUCAAAGAGCUGAGAACCACCCUGCACGAGGAGGCGCAACAGUUUGUGCUGCGCUCCUGCACCGCCAAGCUGCACAAAUGGAUCAAGGUGGCCCCCUACAAGCCAGAGCUGCCGCAGGACUACCAAAACGAUGACUGGAGCACAUUGAGGGGCAUCCGAGUGCUCGGAUUGGCCUACGAUCCGGAUCAAACGGUGGCCGCCUUCUGUGCGGUGACCACGGUCGAGGGGGAUAUCUCCGAUUAUCUGCGUCUACCGAACAUCCUCAAGCGCAAGAAGUCGCACAAUGCCGAGGAGAAGGCCCUGAAGCUCGCGGAUCUCCGCAAGCUGUCGGAUUUCGUCAAAAUAAAGAAGCCCCACAUUGUGGUGAUUGGUGCGGAGUCGAGGGAAGCCCAAAUGAUCCAGACGGACAUCCAGGACAUACUCAAAGACCUGGAGACCACCGAGCAGUUUCCGCCCAUCGAGGUGGAGAUCAUCGACAACAAACUGGCCAAAAUCUAUGCAAACUCAAAGAAGGGUGAGGCGGACUUCAGGGAGUAUCCGCCACUGCUGAAGCAGGCCGUUUCGCUGGCCCGCAAAAUGCAGGAUCCGCUGGUGGAAUACUCGCAGCUGUGCGAUGCCGAAGAUGAGAUUUUGUGCCUGCGCUACCAUCCGCUGCAGGAGCGCGUGCCACGCGAUAUGCUGCUGGAGUAUCUCAGCCUGGAGUUUAUCAAUCGCACGAGCGCGGUGGGCCUGGACAUCAAUAUGAUGGUCCAGAAUUCGCGCACCGUCAACCUCCUGCAGUACACGUGCGGUCUGGGGCCGCGCAAGGGCCAGGCGCUGCUUAAACUCCUGAAGCAGAGCAACCAGCGGCUGGAGAAUCGCACGCAGCUGGUCACCGCCUGCCAUUUGGGGCCGAAGGUGUUCGUCAAUUGCAGCGGCUUCAUCAAGAUCGACACCAGUUCGCUGGGCGACAGCACGGAGGCGUAUGUGGAGUUGUUGGAUGGCUCGCGCGUCCAUCCGGAGACGUACGAGUGGGCCCGAAAAAUGGCCAUUGAUGCGAUGGAGUACGAUGAUGAGGAGACCAAUCCGGCGCGUGCCAUCGAGGAGAUACUCGAGUCGCCGGAGCGUCUCAAGGAUCUCGAUCUGGAUGCAUUUUCCGUCGAACUGGAGCGUCAGGGCUUCGGCAGCAAGAGCAUCACACUGUAUGACAUCCGCAACGAGCUGAGUUGCCUGUACAAGGACAAUCGUUCUCCCUACCAGAAGCACAGCGCUGAGGAGCUCUUCGAACUCCUCACCAAGGAGACGCCCGACUCCUUGUACGUGGGCAAAUGCGUGUUGGCCAUGGUCACGGGCUUCACCUAUCGCCGGCCCCAGGGCGAGCAGCUGGACAAUGCCAAUCCCGUGCGCAUUGAGAGCACGGGCAGCUGGCAGUGCCCCUUCUGCCACAAGGACGACUUCCCCGAGUUGUCGGACGUGUGGCAUCACUUCGAUGCCAACUCCUGUCCCGGCCAGGCCUCGGGUGUGAGAAUACGGCUGGAUAAUCACCUGCCCGGCUUCAUACACAUCAAGAAUCUGUCCGACAAGCAAGUGCGCAACCCCGAGGAGCGUGUCCGUGUUUCCCAGAUGAUCCAUGUGCGGAUAAUCAAGAUCGAUAUUGAGCGCUUCUCCGUAGACUGCUCCUCAAAGACGGCUGACCUGAUGGACGUGUAUAGCCUGUGGCGGCCGCGACGCGAUGCCUUCUAUGAUUUUGUCACGAAGGAGCUCGACAAUCGCAAGGUGAUGGAUGCCAUGGCCAAGGCCAAGGCCCUCAAGGGCAAGACCUAUGCGCGACGUGUGAUUGCUCAUCCGUGCUUCUACAACAAGUCCUAUGCCGAGGUCAUUGCCAUACUGGCGGAGGCCGAUCAGGGCGAGGUGGCGCUGCGGCCCAGCAGCAAAUCGGCGGCCCACUUGACAGCCACAUGGAAGGUGACCGACGACACUUACCAGCACAUCGAUGUGCGGGAGGAGGGCAAGGAGAACGACUACAGUCUGGGGCGCCGCCUCUAUAUCGGCACCGAUGAGUAUGAAGAUCUCGAUGAGAUAGUCGCCCGCUACAUCAAUCCCAUGGCCGCUGCCGCCCGCGAUCUCAUCGAGUAUAAAUACUACAAGAAGAAUGCCACGCCAGCGAAUGGCAAUGAGCGUGAGUUUAUGGAGCAGCUGCUGCGCGACGAGAAGGCCAAGGAUCCCAAGAAGAUUCACUAUUUGUUUACCGCCUCGAAGAGCAUACCGGGGAAAUUCCUCCUCUCGUAUCUGCCCAGGACCAAGGUGUGCACCGAGUAUGUGACCGUGAUGCCCGAGGGCUAUCGCUUUCGCGGCCUGGUCUUUCAUUCCGUCGACAGUCUGUUGCGUUGGUUCAAGGAGCAUUGGCUGGAUCCCACCGCCUCGCCGGCAAUCAACACACCCAUGCAUGGUAUGCGACCGCCUUUGGCCACACACAACUCUGGCGGAGGAGGAUCCUCUGCAGGGCCCUACAGCAUAACGUGCAGCGUUGUGGGCAGCGUGUCCGGGGGCACACCGCGCAGCGGCAUGAGCAGCUCGGACAUACGUGGCAGUGGCUCCAGUGCCUACUCCAUAUCGCAUUCCAUUGGCGGCGGUGGCGGUUACGCCUCAUCCUGCUCUGCUGCAGCGGCCGCUGCACACCAUGGCACCUCAGCGACGCCAUCGUUUGGCCGUGCCGCGAUCAACACCCCUUACACGCCCAGCAGCCAGACGCCGUUCAUCACGCCGCACACGCCGCAUGCCUUACAGACGCCACGCUACGGCUACAAUGUACCCAGCCCAAGUUCACAGUCAUCGAGCAACCAGCAGAUGCGCCAUCGUCAUGGACACAAUGGGAGUGGGAGUGGCGGCUCCCCAAGGAACUAUUAUGAUAUGGGUGGUGGCCAGCAGCAACGUGCCAAAGAGAGCCUCGACUGGCAGCUGUCCAACCACUCUUGGGCGCGCCGUAGGCCUCCACUACAGCAGCAGGCGCAGCGAACGGCGAUGGGAAUGGGCAUGAAUAUGGGCUUGGAUAUGAAUAUGGGUCUAGGAAUUAACCUUGGGUACAGCGUCUCUGGGAAGACGCCCACCAAUGAGUACUCGACGGGCACCAGAAAUGCUGGUGCUGCCGCUGGUACUGGCGGAGCUGGUGCUGGUGCCGCCAUAUCCUCAUGCAAAGCAGCAUCGGUGCGUAGCACGCCGCGCACAAAUACCUCGCCGCACUCCAUGAAUCUGGGCGAUUCGACGCCGAUCUACGAUGAAAACUAAUGAGAUCCCUUGUGGCGCCUCCUGAAUGCCAAUGCUACAACAAAAAAAACUGCUACACUCCACAAUCAACACUCAAAAGGGCAUUGGAAUGGGA